ACAAAAAAAGACGUAAGUAUAUAAAGAAGCUAGAAGCUUGUCAAUUGUUUACCUAAAUCGCCUCUCGUCUUUGAGUUCCCAUCGGAUAGAAGAUGAUGAAAAUGAAGAGUUUUCUUGGUUCUAGAUUAUAUUCUUCCUCUACAAGAAAAGGAAAGUCCGAGAAGGAAUGUUGUCGUAGCUUGACGUCGAAGCUAAGUGUUAAUGAAGAGUACAAGGAAGCAUUCAGAACGAACUCCUACUUAGAGAUUCGGACAAAAGCAGAAGAUCAAUUAGGCGUUACAUCCUGUAGCAAACUCUCUUCUUCUUCUUCGCCUUCUUCUUCGUCUUCUUCCCCUUCAUCUUCAGAUCUUAGCUUCCAUUCACACUUCACCGAUUACUUGCUCGACCCUCCUCAAGAUACACUCGAUGCUCUGAUGCAAGACUCGAGUUUCAACGAUCUUCUAGUUAAAUUCUUCGACUUUAGCUCUGAAGCUUGCGACGUGUGUGAGUCUCUCCUUCAUUCCAUCCAACAAAUCAAGAUCAAUCACAACAAAAUCAAGAGAAUUAUCACGAUUGGGAAAAGGGUUUGUAAUGGUGCUAAAACCACGGAAUUUAGCCAUGAACAGCUCUGCGCUUUAAUAUUUCAAGAGCUUUCUAGAUUUGCAGCGCUCAAGAACCCUUUGUGUUGUAUCAUCAACGAAGCUCGGUUUGGUAUAGUUCACGAUGCAAACUCGGAUUUGCUCGAAAAAUUGACAACCAAAAGGAGAAGAAUCAGAAGAAAAGUCAGGUUCUUGAGUUUCUGCAAGAAGCUAGGAGGUUAUAGCCUAGUGAUUUCUCAUAGCGCUAUUGUCAUUACAUUAGUAAUAAUAGCUCUCCACAGCAUACUCGGUGCUUUAGCAGCUCCUGCGUUGCUCGGUUUAUGUUCUUUGGUUCUUUUGAGGAAGAAAGAAGCAAAAAGAAGCAUGCAUAAAAGCAAGAGACAUACAACGUUAGAGAGGCUCGGGACACAAAUCGAUAUAGCAGCUAAAGGAAUGUUCAUAUUGAUAAACGAUUUGGAUACAUUGAGUAGACUUGCCGGGAGAUUAUGCGAUGAGAUAGAGCAUAGAAAAACCGUGGCUGCGAUGUGCGCAAAGAGUAGGAAGAUUGAAGUGCUAAAGGAAGCAUUGAGGGAGUUUAAUGCACAUGAAGAAAGAUUCUCAGAUCAAUUGCAAGAGCUUGAAGAACAUCUCUACCUCUGUUUCAUCACUAUUAACAGAUCAAGAAGGCUAGUGUUAGCGCAAAUCACGGGAAACUAGUUCUUGAUUCGUUGAUUCUUUUGGUUCAUCAUCAAAAUAAUAUAAAUACUUUUGUAGGGUUUAUGAAUUACUUGUUACUUUUGUAGGGUUUAUGGAUUACCUAUUAUGAUAUAUAUAUAAAAAGUUGUAAGAAUAUCU